AUGGAUCCCUUUAAAGGACAAGGAGGCAUUCAGAUGCUGCUAACUGCUGAACAAGAAGCACAACAUAUUGUUUCUAUGGCAAGAAAUUUAAGGACCCAAAGGUUGAAGCAGGCGAAGGAAGAGGCAGAGAAGGAGGCUGCACAAUACAGAUCUCACAUGGAAGAUGAGUAUCAAAAAUCAAUUUCAGAGACCACUGGGAGUUCUGGAUCUAAUGUAAAAAGGCUUGAGGAGGAUACAGAGGCUAAGAUUAACCAUUUAAAGACAUCAACUUCAAAGGUCUCAUCAGAAGUGGUUGACAUGCUGCUCAAAAAGAGGACUGGAAACAACAAAUGA